GGGUCACGUCCCAUCAUGGCGGCUGAGGAGGCGGAUGUGGAUAUUGAAGGGGACGUGGUGGCUGCGGCGGCACAAUCUGGUUUACACUAAACUUCCUUUCAAAUGGUUUGACCACCUCAGAGAAGCUGGCUCCACUGCAGUACCGAAGCAAUGAAAAUACAGCAUCUGUUUUACAAGAUCACUAUCUUGAUUCAUCAUGGAGAAAUGAGAAUAGUCUUAUUCCUUGGACUCUGGAUAACACCAUCAGUGAAGAGAACAGAGCUGUCAUUGAGAAAAUGUUGUUGGAAGAAGAGUAUUAUUUAUCUAAAAAAUCACUUCCAGAAAAAUUCUGGCUUGAUCAAAAGGAAGAUGAUAAAAAAUACACAAAGAGUCCGCAGAAAACAGCAAAAACCAUGGUACAGUCUCCUACAAAACCAGCCAGUUUCUCAGUAAAGUGGACGAUAGAAGAAAAAGAGCUGUUUGAACAAGGGCUGGCUAAAUUUGGCCGAAGGUGGACCAAAAUUGCAAAGCUAAUUGGAAGUCGCACUGUUUUACAAGUGAAGAGCUAUGCCAGGCAGUACUUUAAAAAUAAGGUAAAAUUAGAUGGUCCAGAGAAGAAAACACCAAAUCAGAAGAACAGCAGUGAUAUUCAGAUUCAAAGUGAAGUUGAAAGCACAACAGCGUGGACACCGUCAGGUUUAAGGGGACGUGCUGAUCCCAACUUGAAUGCUGUAAAAAUUGAAAAGUUAUCUGAUGACGAAGAAGUAGACAUCACAGAUGAGGCAGAUGAGAUGACCUCUCAAGCACCCCAGGAGGAUCCUAGUAGACAUCUCUUAUUAGACAUCCCUAAUAGUAAAAGUCAUGAAACCUGCCAAGGAGAAUUUGUCACCUCUGCCAGUCAGGAAGAUUCCAUUUCUAAAUCUUCGAAAGAAAAUCUUCAGAAUUUAAAGCAUGGUGAGGUGGAAACACUUUCAAGCUCAGGAAUUACAUUUUGCACUGAAAAACAGAGCACCAGUGAUAAAAAAUCACUUGAAUUAAAUGAUCAGAAAUCUAAUAAACUGAUAAAAAGCUGUGAUAAGCAUGAUGGAAAUGGAAUAGUAGGUGAUAACAGGCCAUUGCCUUCUCUAGAGCCUUGUGAAGUUCAGAAAGAUCUGAGUGAUAAUGAAAUGCUUUUUCAGUCCUACUGCCAAAUGGAGGAGGAGCACCAUGAGGAAGAAGAGCUUAAGCCACCAGAGCAAGAAGUAGAAAUAGAUAGAAAUAUUAUUCAGGAAGAAGAAAAACAAGCAAUUCCUGAGUUUUUUGAGGGGCGCCAAGCUAAAACACCAGAACGCUAUUUGAAAAUUAGGAAUUACAUUUUGGAUCAGUGGGAGAUAUGCAAACCGAAAUACUUAAAUAAGACCUCAGUACGUCCUGGCCUGAAGAACUGUGGGGAUGUUAAUUGUAUUGGACGGAUUCAUACAUACCUCGAAUUGAUAGGAGCAAUCAAUUUUGGAUGUGAACAGGCUGUAUAUAAUAGGCCACACCCAGUUGAUAAAGCGCGAAUCAGGGACAGAAAAGAUACAGUGGAAGCAUACCAACUCGCCCAGCGCCUGCAGUCUGUGCGCACGAGGAGACGUAGGGUCCGAGACCCAUGGGGAAAUUGGUGUGAUGCAAAAGACUUAGAAGGACAGACAUUUGAGCAUCUCUCUGCUGAGGAGUUGGCACAAAGAAGAGAAGAGGAAAAAUGCAAAACUAUUAAAUCUUCAAAAGUGCAAAGACCAACAAAAAGCUCAUUUGAUCCCUUCCAGCUGAUACCUUGUAAUUUUUUCAGUGAAGAAAAGCAGGAGCCAUUUCAGGUGAAAGUGGCUUCAGAAGCACUUUUAAUAAUGGAUUUGCAUGCUCAUGUGUCUAUGGCAGAAGUGAUUGGUCUGUUAGGAGGAAGAUAUUCAGAAGUUGAUAAGAUAGUUGAAGUCUGUGCAGCGGAGCCAUGUAACAGUCUGAGUACAGGGCUGCAGUGUGAGAUGGACCCUGUCUCCCAAACACAGGCCUCGGAAACCUUGGCUGUAAGAGGCUACAGUGUCAUUGGGUGGUAUCAUUCUCAUCCUGCCUUUGAUCCUAAUCCUUCCCUACGAGAUAUUGAUACUCAAGCCAAAUACCAGAGUUACUUCUCCAGAGGUGGCGCAAAGUUCAUUGGAAUGAUUAUUAGUCCCUAUAAUCGAAACAAUCCUUUACCUUAUUCCCAGAUUACCUGCCUGGUUAUAAGUGAUGAAAUUAGCCCAGAUGGCUCUUACCGUUUACCUUACAAAUUUGAAGUACAACAGAUGUUAGAAGAACCUCAGUGGGGAUUAGUGUUUGAAAAGACAAGAUGGAUAAUAGAAAAAUACAGGCUCUCCCGUAGCAGUGUCCCUAUGGAUAAAAUCUUUCGCCGGGAUUCUGACCUGACUUGUUUGCAGAAACUUUUGGAGUGUCUGAGGAAAACUCUAAGCAAAGUGACAAAUCGCUUCAUUGCUGAAGAAUUCUUGACUCAAAUAGAAAAUUUAUUUCUUUCCAGUUAUAAAAGCAAGCAGGGGAACGGAGUAGCUGAAGAGAACUGUGCUGUGGGUUCGAAGGAAUUGUUGCUGUAGUGAUUUCAAAGUGACAUUUUAAUCUUGACACAAUAGAUCCUACUGUCCUAUAUAACCUUGAAACUAUUGUAAUCUCUUAGCAGUAGCACAGCUUUGAUGUUUUUUCUCUAAUUCACAAAAUCUGAACUUUGCCACAUAAACCAUGUGGCAAAAAAGAGGAAGGAACUUGUUGCACGUAGCACUUACCAGGGUGCCGAGGGCACUGGGGUGAGCUGUGGGGCCCCAGUCCUGCGAGCAGUGGCCAGUGGGCGGCGCAGCAGGCGCCGAAGGACUGCCCACUUACUGUUGUCUGCAGGUUGGUGAGUGAGAUCUGUCUCUGAUUUUUAGUUCUCCCCCAACUGCUCAUUCCCUUUUUUUUAUCUCAUGUCUCAUUAAGAGCACUUCCGUCCUUUCCAUGUGUUUUGGUGAGAUGUGUUUAUUGUUGCAAAUGAGAAAUGGGUGGGUGGUCACUGAGGUAAUUAACAUGGCAGAAAACUACUGAUUUAGUAAAUUAACAACAUGCUGUGUGAGGCAGGGGAGGCAUCAGGAGAAGAACCUUAAAAACCGAAGAGACCCACCCAAAUGAGAGAGUCAAACUGCUGAUUUUUAAUCAUAGAUAUUUGCUUCCAUUUUAUUUCAGAGCAACAAUACUACAGGAUAUGUGAUUUUUUCAGCUAUCUAAAACAUUUUGUAUGGAUUUCAGAUGCAUAAAAUAAUUAGUUUCAGCAGUCUGCCCCUUUACUUGAGUGUGCAGAUGAUAAAACCUCACUUAACUGCCACACAGGUCAUCAGCACCCUCAGACUAGGUUUUUUCCUACUACCUGCUAUCAGUAGAAAGAGGCAAAUUGUAGUAAAGCUUAAAUAAAUCGGAGAUUUAACUUUAAAAACAAAAAAGCCUUCCACAACAUACGCAUAUGCAGCCCAGUUUUGUAUACUUUCUAAAUCUAGAACAGAAGUCUGCAAACUGUAAAGGGGCAGCUAGUCAGUAACUUUGACUCUGCAGGACACACACUGUCUCUAUCAGACGGGUUUCAUAUUUUUUACAACCCUUUAAAAUUUUAACCAUUCUUAACUUAUAAGCCUCACAAAACACAUUGCUGGCCGCUAUCCUCCAACCCCCUGUUCUAGAGAACUGUAAAUAAUUAGAAUUUCUCUUCAGAUGCAUGAGCCUGAGACAUUCAAAGAUAUUUCAUCGUUUUCAAACAACAAAACUCAAAUUUGUGAUUUAUUACAUUUAGGUACAUUGUCAAAUAAAACAAUUAUGCUGCCUGAUUUAUCCUAAUAGAUUGUAGUUUAUUAACCAUUGAAUUCAUUUAUACCCAUUCUCCAAGCAUUCUUAUUAAUAACAGGUUUAAUCUGGGUAUUCUGUAUUUUUACCUUUUUUGUUUAAUUAAUAGCCAAGGGAGAAUACGGCAGUAUUAGAAGGCUCAGUGAACCAGUUUUAAAUGACCUGGGUCUGGACUCAACCAUGUGACUUUGGGGGAUAAGCUUACCUUUUUCGGACCCAAAUCUUGUGUCUCUGGGGUUUCAGUUGUCUCUCUAGCAUCCUUCUAGGUCUGAAUUCGUACACUGUAUUCUAAUUGUUGGGCCACUCACCUGGAACUUUUUAUUUUGAGAUGGUACAGUUCCCAAAUUAGCAAAUGUUUUUAAAGAAAACUGGUAGUGUUUUCCAUUUCUCUAUAAGCAUUUAGGAUAAAAAAUGUAACAUAACUUAUAAAGCAGUUACUUGUGGGACCAGGGGUAUGAGAGCUCUAGACCAAAAAUCAGGAAACCUGAGAGUUCUUACCAGUUCUGUUACCAGCUUUGCUGUGUUACAGUGAUAAAAAACCAUAUAACCUGUUGACUUCAGGCUCUUCAUCUGUAAUUCAGGUCUAAAUUUUGUGUAUAGUUAUUUCUUUCCAAGGGCAGAAUAUCUCUGAUUCUAUAAAAGGUAGUAAUUCAUUUAUUUGUACUGUUUCUUUUAACUUAUUUUCCUCAUUAUACAUUGGGAAUUGAUCCUAGAAAAUGUUAUUAACUAGCUUUUGUGAUGAAAUUUUCCUAUGAUACUGAUAAAUUUGAGUGAUGAAAAAUAGUGGAAAUUGUUAGAAGUUCUGUUCUUAAACCUGAGUCCCCCACAUGCCAGUGGUUAACUGGAUUUACUAAGAACCAUACUCUGAGGAGCUCAAAAAUGGCAAUCCUCAAUUUAAAGCUUUAAAAGCACAAUUUUUAAACUAAAAUGUUUUUUACAAACAGAAGCAUAAAAAUAUCUUAAUCCUACUAUCUAGAAAACCAGGGCUAACAUUUUAGUAGAAAUGUCCCCCAUGUGAGUGUAGGACAUUAAAAGCUGUGAUACCUGCUCCCCUCCUCGUUCACUCUCUCUGCUUCCUUUUUUUCUCUUAGCAUAUUAAACAGUUUUGCAACUGCAGGCGCCCACAUUUCUGUCACCGCCAACCCUGGGCUACUGAGGGGAGUUGAAGUGUGUUUCCUAGGAAGUCUAAAACAGAAUGGCCCCGUGGUGCAGGCAGUUCAGGAGGCAGGGUCACAGAGGGAAACCGGCCUCUAGUGCUGUUUACAGUGCUGGAGAUGGGGAAAUCUAAUCCUAAGGUAACAUUCAAACUGGAAAAAUCGGUGGAACAGGAUCAGCAAAAUCAGGCUCUCCUCUCUGUUCCAUUGCCCUGGCCGCUGCCCUUGGCCCUGUGUUCACAGCUGCAUUAUGAUGGUUAGGGCGCUAGACGCUUGUCCUCUUGGACCUCUUCUUCUAUUAAAAAUCAAUGCAUUAUCAUUGCACUUGUAUAAAGUGAAUAUAGGGUUGUCUAUAAAUAUGUCCUUCGAUCUAAAAGGGUUUUUUUUCCCCCUGAAUUUCAAGGAAAUUAAAGCAUUUUCAUGGGCCUGAGGCAUGGUGCCUAAUUAGAUGAACUGGCCCCAAAGGCUGUCCAUCCUCUGCAAAACCCACGUCAUAAACCAUAGUGGAGCUUUGUCACCCCAGCCAAAAACGUGAGACCGCAGCUUUCAGUCUUUAGACGUGAACAUAGUUCUUAAACUUAGCAGUACUGCUGGGACCAUUCGUCCUCAAAGAGAUAGGCAGCAGCAGUUAGUUUUAAUUUUCAGGUAGACUGAACAUUGUGUUCUGAUCCUUAGUCUGUAGUUUCAGAACUCAUCCACAUAUCCUACCAUUUUUUCUCCCUUCAUUUCCCUCAAGCCCUUUUUUCAUCUCCACGUGCUUUGCUUCCUGAGGUCAUUCAUUCUGUCACUCGUUGAAAGUGGGGCCUGAAGAAGAGAGAUGAACACACCCAUUCAUAUUUCCCAGAAGCUGAUUAAUGCUGUCCUACCCUUCUCCAUAAUUUUCCUCCUCACAGGAGUGGGGUGAGGUCUGUGGUGUGUAGACUGUAAGCGGGAUCAGAACCUCAAUCGCUCUCUGGGCAGCAGGAGAGACUGGCUUCAACGUGCCAACCUGAGCAGCUUCCUGUGUGUCUUGCUGGCUCCUAACAAGGUGAGCUGUAGGACCUGAAGGAACUGAUAGUCAGGAUACCCUAGGGUUGAUGCUUUGCCCUGCACCUAUGGAAGAGCCAUAGGACAGGUACCUGAACACCGAAAUGUAGCUCCCUGUCCUCAGGUCGUUGGCAGAUGUCCAGCUGAUGGAUUUCUCAGUAGGAGUUAAGUCAGGAUACCCAAAUUUUGUUGUUUUCAUUUUUUAUUUCCACUUCUGCCAAUGGCUAGAGACUAACUCGAGUCACACUAGGACAGUAAGGAAAACUCAGUGCACUCAAGCACAAAGAAGAAAAGCACACACAUUUUUAUAAUUCCUUUCAUUGGGGUCAAUAUUGUACAAAUUUGACAAAUUUGAUCUGCUCUCCAGUUUACCAGGAGUUUAAUAAUUUUCUUACAAAUUAAUAUCAGAUUUUGCAGUAUUUCCAGAAAGUCACUGUGAAGAAUAAUGUAACAUACUUCCUUUUCUUAGGAAUUUAAAACCUUUUCUUAAAUGGUUUUUAUGUAUGCUGUUUCUCCAAACCAUUCUCUCUCUCUUUCACCCCUCUCUCAUUUAAACUGUAAUUUUUGCUUUCUGAUAUUUUUCUAAUCUUUUAAGUCACCUUAAAUUCUUUCCAGAACAAAACAGACAAGUCUGGUUCCUCCCACCCCCAACUAAUUAACUCUUGGUAUCUUUUUGUUUUUAUUUUCUUCCUUUGACUAUAUUUAUGAAUGCAUUCAAAAGGACUGUAAUUUCAGGGGGAGAUGCCUGAUUUGCUAUCUUUGAGGUUUUCUAAAGUUAGUCUAUUAUGAAUUAAGAAGGAUAUUAAAUAUGAUUUCAUAGUUUGUAUUCCUGUUUCACGGGGUACAACAGAGUAUUCCUGUUUCACGGGGUACAACAGAGUAUUUGUUUCAACCUAUUAUAAAAUAACAGAUUCUAGCAUGAUUUAAGUAGAUUACUUACAUAUAUCUUAAAUUUAUGAAUUGACAUGUAAAUUGUAUAUUUUGUAUAAGUUUACUGUGAUUAUUGAUAAACCCGUUGCUGGUUUCCCUAAAUGUUACAGUGUACGUAGAUUUCUUUUAUUAGUUUGAAUUUUUUUAAUAUGUUCUGUAACAAAAUAUGAUUUAAGCUAUUUUGUACAUUUCAACAUGAUGCCAUGUUGUCUAUAUCUGUAUUAAGGAAUAUUAUGAAUAUUAGUGUUUAUACAAUUAUGAAAGCCUUUUCUCAAAAUGAUUGAACUCUCCUCCCUAUACUAAACUAUGACAUAUUAUAAAAUAUAUGAUUUUAAACUUUGAGAUUUAUCUAAUAAAAAUUAAAGGAAACAUUCUGAAGA